CACUGGCAUUCACACCAGUUACAGCUCAGUCAGGACUGGGUGUGUUUAGGCUAUGUUCAGUGGAUACAUUUAGAAAGGAUGAAUAGAUGAUUUGGUGGUUCUAGAAAGAGUAAAGACUGAAAACAAGGGUCUUGUGAUGGCGUCCAGUCUGGUUCCUGGAUGUCAUGUAAUGAGUGAUCUCCUGACGAUCCGUGAGAGAGGCAUCCUCUUCACUCUGCUCGAACCUCAGUGUAAGCUGCUCAAAACUACAGUAGCACAGGUACUAGAGGCCAAAGACACCCAGGGUGAGAGUCCAGGCUGGGGUUAUUUAGGCUGUGGCGUGGUGUGUCUCAUUGAGGAUGAGUCUGUUCACUCUUACUUCCUGCGUCUCUACUGUGUCAAGCGUGCCAAGUUACUGUGGGAGCAGGAGGUGUACAUCCCAUUCAAAUACACUGCAACUCGCAUGUUCUUCCAUACCUUUCCUGCAGAUAGCCACCAGAUAGGUUUCAACUUUGCAAAUCAGACAGAGGCAGAGGAAUUCUAUCUUACAGUGAAGGCUGUCCAACGAAAGCAAGAAAACAUGACUGACAUGAUUAAGAUGACAGACACUGCAGCAGACACCUCAACAAGUGACCCACCUGACUCAGGAAUGAAACCAGUGGAACAUUUGGACAUGGACGAGCAGUUCCCUUUGGAUGCACCAUCCUCUACUGUUACACCAGCCACCAGUUCAUUUCAGGAUCUGGAUCCCGCUAUGAGAAGACUCUUGAUGCAGGCAAAACUCCCUGUGGAAGACCUGAAAGACAAGGACAUUGCUGAAGCUGUUGACUGCAUCAUCAACAAAUUUGGAGGAAUAAAGGCUGUGCAGAGAGAGUUGAGGAACAAAGGCCCAGUCUCCCAGACAUUGCCAAGAGCUGCAGGGGCAUCCAUCUCCAUAGCUCUAAAGAAAAGGCCUUUGCCACCGGUCCCUCCUAUCAAAGGCAACACCACCUCCCGACAGACACCACAGCACUCAGAUGGAGUAAACCUGUGUCUGAUUCCUCCUCCUCCGCCUACACUAGCUCCAGCUGAUCCAGAGAGAAUCAGAAAGAGUGCAAGUUUCAAACAUGUGGGCUUCUCAGCAGAUCCAGAAAGAGGUGACCUCAUCCUAAAUGCACUGAGAGAAGCGUUCUUACAAAAGCAGCUCCAGUGAUGCACAGGAGCGAGAUGGACAUGCACCUUUAAAAGGCCUUGAGCUGCUGACAAACAUCUUUCACUCUGAUACAUUAAAGAUUCGUGAUACUGUA